ACGAUGUCGUUUAUUCAUUUUGCUUGUGCCACCGAUCCUAUUUUAACCGGCUCACUUGAUUGAUUAAAACGAUUUAUUGACUGUCUUGUGACACGUGUAUUUAUCUAAUUGAUCUCAAUGUCCACGUAGGCUGGGUUUUAUUUGAAGUGAAAGUAAAUUUGAAGUUAAUUAGAGAGAAUUUUGGAGUUGAAAGCGAAUGAGAAUCGUACGAGCUCUGUACGGAGCCAAUGGGCUCGACUGUGGCGCCUAUGGCCGCCUCAUUCAGGUCUGCACCAACCGCCAUUUGGUCCGCCAAGCCAGACAGCUUCAUGCCCGCCUCGUCCUUUUCUCCGUCGUCCCCGAUAACUUCCUAGCUUCAAAGCUCGUUACCUUUUACUCCAAAUCCCAUCGUUUAAAUGAAGCCCGCAACGUGUUCGAUCAAAUUCUUCACAGAAAUACUUUCUCUUGGAACGCUAUGCUCAUUGCUUAUUCAUUCCAUAACAUGCAUACAGUCACGUUAAAUCUGUUUACUUCACUAGUGUCAUCUUGUUCAACUGAUGUGAAACCUGAUAAUUUUUCAGUUACGUGUGUCCUGAAGGCGCUGGGUUCUUUGCUUUUUGACGUGAUAUUGGCUAAGGAAGUUCAUUGUUUUGUUUUACGACAUGGGUUUGAUUCAGAUAUGUUUGUUGUGAAUGCUUUGGUUACAUGCUACUCUAGAUAUGAUAAGCUUGGUUUAGCGAGAGUCUUGUUCGACAGAAUGUCUGAGAGAGAUAUAGUGUCGUGGAAUUCAAUGAUUGCAGGAUAUUCUCAGGGCGGGCUUUAUGAUGAGUGUAAGGAACUGUUUAAGGAGAUGUUAGGCUCGGUUGAGUUGAGGCCUAAUGCGGUGACAAUGGUCAGUGUCUUGCAGGCAUGUGGGCAGUCCAAGGAUCUUAUUUUCGGGAUGGAGGUUCACCGCUAUGUGAAUGAGACUCAAAUGGAAAUGGAUACUUCACUUUUUAAUGCUCUUAUUGGGUUUUAUGCAAAAUGUGGUAGCUUGGACUAUGCUCGAGAGUUAUUUGAUGAGAUGACCCAAAAAGAUGAAGUCACUUAUGGCUCAAUGGUUUCAGGGUAUAUGGUUCACGGAUUUGUUGACGAUGCUUUGGUUCUUUUCCAAAGCAAAAUGGAAAAUCUGGGAUUAAGCACAUGGAAUGCGGUGAUAUCAGGUCUGGUUCAGAACAACCGGCAUGAAAACGUCUUGGAUAUAUUCCGAGCAAUGCAGGCAAGUGGAUUAAGACCAAACACUGUAACACUUUCAAGUAUUCUCCCAACAGUUCCAUAUUUGAAAGGAGGUAAAGAAAUACAUGCCUAUGCUGUUAGGAGCGGUUUUGAUCAGAAUAUUUAUGUGUCAACUGCUAUUAUCGAUACUUAUGCAAAGUCAGGAUUUCUUCAAGGAGCUCAAUGGGUUUUUAAUCAAUCAAAAAGUAAAAGUUUGAUCAUUUGGACAGCAAUAAUCUCAGCAUAUUCUGCACAUGGAGAUGCUGAUACAUCUCUUCGUCUUUUUGAUGAGAUGGUGAAUUAUGGACUUCAUCCAGAUGAAGUCACAUUUACAGCAGUAUUAACAUCCUGUGCUCAUUCUGGAGUACUAGAUGAAGCUUGGAAGAUAUUUGGAUCCAUGUUGCCAAAAUAUGAAAUUCAACCCUCAGUGGAGCAUUAUGCUUGCAUGGUAAGUGUUCUUAGCCGAGCAGGGAAGCUGUCCGAGGCAGUGCAGUUUAUUUCAAAAAUGCCAAUUGAGCCAAGUGCUAAAGUCUGGGGUGCAUUGCUUAAUGGUGCCUCAGUAUCUGGAGAUGUUGAAUUAGGGAAAUUUGUUUUUGACCGUUUGUUUGACAUUGAGCCUGAGAAUACUGGCAACUAUAUCAUUAUGGCAAACUUAUAUUCACAAGCCGGGAGACCUGAUGAAGCUGAUAAUAUCAGGAGAAGAAUGACUAAAAUUGGGCUGAAGAAGGUCGCUGGCAGUAGCUGGAUCGAAACAAAUGGUGGAUUACAAAGUCUCAUUGCAGGGAAUAUGUCAACUAGAAAAAUUAAAGAGAUGUAUGACAUGUUGGAGGGUAUACAUCUGCAGGUUAGAGAGUAAGCCUAAGGUUAUGUUUUGCAGAAUGAAUUGAUACAGAAGUAUCCCAAUGCCGCUCCCAUUGUUGACUGUGCGUCUACAAGGAAAUAUUCAUUCAAGAGUGUCACCUGGAUUUCCUCAUUCUUUUAUAUUGUUGCUGGUGUGUUUUGGUUUCUUAGAAGUCAGAUGAAGAUAUCUAUUAUGUCUGGAGCUUUGAUAUUCUCCCAGAAGCUGAGCAGGAUCCAUAUGCUUACAAGCAACUUAUUCAUAUUUCAGUUUGGUUGAGAACUUGGUUGCCGGAUUAGCCGACUUGCAGUGUCAUACUGGCAGCAACCAUUUAGGAAACUGUAUAUUAUAUGCUUAUUGUCAAAACCAAGGUUCUCGCAUGAGAAGAUAGAUCUUGAAUAAAUUAGAAGACAACUGUAUUGGUCAAAGGCUUUUGCAAGCACUUUGAAGGGCAUUUUUGGUCUAUAAUGUGGUCUAUUCAAAAUAGGUCAAUGAAGAACAAGUUCACUUUUAAAGCGAAAGGAGAGCAGGCCUAUUGUAAAGAGCGUAUUUAUUAUUUCUAGGAGACAACAUCAUUCCAAUUACCCAAUUACCCUUUUAAAGAUCACACUUUUGUUAUAUCCUCUUUUGGUGCUCCCUUUUUCUCCCCUUGUUGGAGAUGGGUUGUUCAAUAGUUGUGAAAUUCAUUCAUAGUUCUAUAAGAACAUAUCUGCAAGUUUUAAUGUCAGAACUCUAUUCUAAGCUUA